UACUUGAUGCAGGGUCCUCCUGUCCUGAGUUAAUUAAGCAGGAGUGAUAGAUCCUCCAGACGUCAGGAUUGUGAUUAGCCAACACCGUCAGAUUGAGGAUUGCUUAACCUGUUCAAGGCGACAAAACAAAAUGGAUUAACGCCACCGGGGUGUUCUAUCUCCAAUGAAGAAGGAAACCAAUUGUAAAACAAGUUAACUCGGCGUUUAAAUCCGUGUAAACCACAGUAUAUUUUGUGUUAUUCUUUCGGUUUCAACACGUCACUGAAAUGCGUUUCAAACCUGUGGACAUGCGCAAUGCACUCACUGACCUUCCUUAUGCGGCCUCGUCCAGUAGCUAGACGAGGACCUUGAGUGUGUAUGACAUUGUUCUUUCAUUUUGAUUAAUCUGACAGAAACCGGACCAUGCCGGGUUCGGUGGAGGUUCCCACUUUUAAUGACUUGAAUGUUGAGGAGAUCAGUGUGUCAUCUGCGGUGCUGAAGGGAGCUGCCCACCACUAUGGCUCACAGUGUGACAAGGCCAACAAGGAGUUCAUGCUCUGUCGCUGGGAGGAGAAGGACCCUAGGAAGUGUCUGAACGAAGGGAGGAAAGUCAACGAGUGUGCACUUAACUUCUUCAGGCAGAUAAAGGGGAGCUGUGCUGAGUCCUUCACAGAGUACUGGACCUGCCUGGACUACUCCAACCUGGCAGAGCUGCGUCAGUGCCGCCAACAGCAGCAGGCCUUUGACAGUUGUGUGCAGGACAAGCUGGGCUGGGAGAGACCCAACCUUGGAGAACUGUCCAAGGUGACAAAGGUGGACACCUCUCGUCCCCUUCCUGAGAAUGCUUACCACUCGAGACCCCGGCCAGAGCCCAACCCUGUGAUCGAGGGCCAGCUGCAGCCAGCCAAGCACGGCAGCAGACUCUUCUUUUGGAGCUGGUAAAGGGUAAUCUACCCAGCCUCCGCACCAAUCCUCACCUUAACCAUUAGCGAGAGGGGGAGGGGUGCGCAAAACUAGGGGCAACUUCACCCUACACCGGAAGGCAGUCCUCCAGAGCCUAUCCCAUCAUGCCUGCUGUCUUGUCCAGUACAGCCACCAUCAUCAGACCUGGUUGGAUAGGAAGGGACGUCUGCGUGCACCAGCCAUCGUCACAUCUCCUCCUAUGUUGUAGAAAUGAUCAUGAAUGAACAAAAACUACUUGUGUUUAUUGUUGUGAAAUAAAUACUAAAUGUUGAA